AUGAGGAUCGGUUGCUUGCAGUUCGCGCCCCAGGUGGGAGACGUCGACAACAAUCUAAAUCGAGCCGAUGCCGUUUUGUCGAGGGCGAACCCGGAAGACCUAGAUCUCCUCGUUCUACCCGAGCUGGCUUUCUCUGGGUACAACUUCAAGUCGCUACAAGAUAUUACCCCGUUCCUCGAACCCUCCGGCUCCGGCAUCACAUCUCUCUGGGCUAGGACAAUUGCUCUCAAGUACAACUGCAUCGUCACCGUUGGUUACCCCGAGAAAGUCGACGUCUCGCCCAAGUGGCCCACCGGACCCGAGUAUUACAACUCGGUCAUCGUCGUCAACGGAGAUGGUGAAACAAUCGCAAACUACAGAAAGUCUUUUCUGUACUACACCGACGAGACAUGGGCGCUAGAAGGAAACCGCGGUUUCUACGAUGGCUUCAUUCCUGGACUUGGGAACACCAGCAUUGGCAUCUGUGACCCGUACAAAUUCGAAGCACCAUGGCAUGCGUUUGAGUUUGCCUUCCACAUUCUCGAGGUUGAGUCGAAUCUCGUCAUCAUCUCCAUGGCUUGGAUGACCAGGGAAGAGCCGCGACGAUUUACCCGCAUGCCCAACGAACCCGACAUGGAAACCCUGACAUAUUGGGUCACGCGACUCGAACCACUCAUCCGCUCCGAGAACCAGGACGAGAUUAUUGUCGUUUUCUGCAAUCGCUCCGGCAAUGAAGAAGAGGCCUUGUACGCCGGCACCAGCGCAGUCAUUGGCAUCCAGGAUGGCGAAGUCAAGGUCUACGGCCUCCUUGGACGUGGCGAAAAGGAACUCCUGGUCGUCGACACAAACAAUUCUCCCUACGCCAAGCUCGUUUACCGACCCGAGGCCGGAGGCUCUGGGAUGGAGGCUCCUGGACAUCUUCAGCAAAAUGAUAAGGCAGACGAUUCCUCUAGAAAGGGCAAGGAGGUUGAACAAGACAAGAAGAACAAGGACCAAAAUGAGACCAAAGACAGCCCAUCACCCAAGGAGGCCAGGGUUUCGAACAAAUGCCUACCACCACUACCUCAGCUGCCCGAUGACCUUGCCGAGGACAUGAAGCCGUCCAAAAGACGCCAAGCACCCACAAUCAGCAUCCCAAAGGAAUCAGAUCUCAUCAAGGCCGGCGCAGUGCGUUCUCCUGGAACGGGAAGACUUAGCAUUCCCACUCCAUCAGCACCGAGCCCGACACCCAUGGCGAUUCGCCCCCGUCUGAUCAUUCCCGAAUCUCCUCCCAUCAUGCCUCAUCAAUACCCACCAGACCACCCACUUAGUGCUGCAUCGUUGAGGUCAGAAAAGUCGAUCCGCUCUUUCAAGUCCGAAGAAUCUGAGGCCUCUUCAGUCAAGACCGUUCGCACAAAUCCUCGGCCGCCAGAGGAGAGCACCCCGUAUCCCGAUAGCGGUGCGCCUCUGAGCGGUUAUCCAGCAAACUUCUUCUCCUCAGAGAAGCGGAUCUACGGCGGUGAGGUCACUAUCCAGAGUGCAGGCCCAUUCAGCCCAACAACUCCGUUUGAAGACAUCUCUCCUGUUUCCAAUCAUCCGUAUUUCUGGCGCUCAAAUGAUAACUUCAUGCGGACACCAAUUUCUGGUGGAGGUUGGACGCCUGGUACCCCAAUUGGGAGAAGACCAGAACCCUUUCCCUGGCCGGCCAUCACCGGAGGCCAGCGCCCAGCAAGUCGAAACGGUGUCAAGGACCGGGCCAAGGAGAAUGCAACCCCCAAGGACCCCCGGCAUCUCCAUUCUCUGUCCCCUCAGUCCAACGCCUCUUCUAACCGUUCAAACCGGACCACCAAGAGCCACCGAACGACGCAUUCAGCAUCAUCUGUCAACUCCAAAGGGACAGUGCAAGCAGCAGCUGUAGAAGACAAGUCACUGGAACGCCCGUCCUCUCCCAAGUCGCGAAAUGCUAGUCGGUCAAGGCUGAACGAAAGAUCUGACUCUUCCCUUGGGGACCGAGAGACCAGCGCCGCAAUUUCACAACACUUGGAAACCAUCUCUCAGCGAGCCGAAUCGGUCAACAGGCUGCGUUCAAGCUCCGCUACCACGCCAGUUGCUGAGCGGCGGGUUCAAUCACCUCACUCCAGGAACCAGAGCCGUUCUCGUCCCAGUGAGCCUGCCACCUCUCCAUCGGACCAGCAUACGAUCCGCAUCGCUGCAAGCCCAAGUAUCCUUAGCGAUGAGGGGCGAACUCACCAGUCCCUGGCCCGAGCGACAUACCAUCAGCGCAGCAAUUCAUUCCCUGCAAACAAUACCCUCGCCACCAAUGACAGAGCUGGUACCCCAAACUCUGCAAUCAACAUGGCUCGCCCAGCUUCGCGGGCUGCAAGUCGGGGUCGGACCCCUGGGCCCAAGGUUGGCCCUAACCACAGUGUGCCAGAGGACGAUGCCGAGGUGCCACCCCAUGAGCGAGCAUCAUCGGCGGAUUCGACUCGGAACGACAGACUCCAUCGUCGUAUCCGCUCAGGUCAAUCUCGUACCCGACCAUCUCGAAACGGAAGGGGCUCGUCUGCCAGCAAUAACAACAACAGGCGGCGUCGGUCGGAUGAGGAUCCCUCGGAAGGGUUUGAAAGAGUCGAGGCCAUCAUUUCGCCGAGCUGCCCUGUUCAUGGCCGGAGGUCGUCAUCUAACAGAGGUCGUGUCAAUGAGAUCUCAAUACCCGUGUCGCGAUCGCCUCCAGAGCCGUCCCCACCGCAGAGACCGGCCUCCAGCACUGGUACGUCGCAGUACCUGGAACCGGGACAGCCUGAACCUCGUCGAGCAUCAUCUGGCGAUGCCAAUCAGAUGCCCUUUGUGGAGUCCCAAAAACCCACCACCAAAGACUUACAAGCUUCGCAGAACGAGGCUGCAGAAGCCAGUGACUGCGGAUCAGUCACUGAAACGCUCCAGACCAUCUCCACCCCCGGGCGCUCGCCUGCUACACCUUACUUCAACCCGUCCACACCCAAGGCAAUGGUGCUCAACACGAAUGAUGCCGAUGUUGAGCCCUUGUUCAGUGGUAAUCUGGAGGGUACGGCGAAGACACCCACACCUCGAUGCGCUGAACUGGACGCCCUCACCCCAGUUGAAGUUCCCGCCAGCUCCGUGGCGUGACGAUUUUGAUGACAUGUACUACCUCCACGCAGUGGAGCUUCGAUUCUUUACAAUUCAUUUUGUGUUUAUAAGAUAGCGGCAUUGACUGGCUGUUCAUUAGCCAGCGAUCCAUGGAUGAGACGGACGAAAAUUUUGGUAGAUUCAUGAUGGGAUACGGAUUUUUUGCUGCCCUCGCGAGAAGCUGGCAGCCACGAUACCAAUGGUGCUUUGUUCUUCUGCAAGCCCAUGAUGAUCUGGGUGGAGGAUUUGGUUCAUUUCAUACUGCAUGUCAGAUGUCGGGAGUCUGCACUCACCUUAGCCCAUCUUUCAUCGCAACCGAUCUCCCUCCGAUCCUUUGGGAUUUCUUUUGUUUGGAUAGUGUUGGGGGACAGAGCCAGGAGUUUGGUUUGGUGGUAUGUAGAUAAUGGAUAUAACCUUUAAAUCAAUUAUACUAC